GAUGCUUUUUCAGAUGUAAUCUACUGCUCUCCAUCACUUCGUUGCAUUCAAACUGCCACUCGGGUCCGUGAAAUGUCGGGAAUUGACAAGACGUUCCGCCCCUUCCUCUCUCUAGAUACAGUUGUUGGAAAACAAGAGACAAAUGGCGAGUAUAAUGCAAGGAUCCAAUUGAUUUUGAAUGCACUUGCGGAUCAAUCGGAAGUUUCAACUGUCGAGAAGGAAUUGAAAGUCCUCGUGGUGGCUCAUGCUUCUACAGUUUAUAUGGCUGUUGGAUUGCUCAGAGAAGUGCCGAGAAAAAUUAGAGAAGAGGAAUUGGAUAAUAUUGCAAUUCCUGUUCCACACACUCUCGGUUAUCUCAAG